CACCGCGGGAGCCGGCCCCGGCGUCCCCGGCUAGCCCGCGCUGCUCCCAGGCUCCCCAGCGCUCCUGGUUUGCGCCUGGCUGGCCGAAGCGGGAUGCAUUAGCUGCCCGUGCGUGCCGCCUCCCGCGAGGGCCCGGCGGGGGACAGGCGGGUGGUCCCGCUGGGGCCGGAGCUGCCGCGCGACCGGGAGGCGGCAGCGCCGUGCGCGGCGGCUCCGCGGGUGUUUGCUGCAUCCCAUCAGGUAGAGCGAGCGCUGCGGGUUGCAGGAGGCUUUGGCAUGUUGCUCACUGUGUAAACACUGUGACCACAGGGGAAAUGUUCUCACUCCACCAGCAUCUGUCUAAAUUUAGCUGCUGUUAGCUCAUCCCUUUCCGCUGUCUCACUCCUGGCGCUGCGGGGCUGGGCGCCCUCUCCGUGUGCCGGCAGCGUGCCCCGGCCCCUCCACGCCUGCGGGCAGGCACCGCGGGGCUGCCUGGAGCUGCAGGUGCGCCUAAACCCCGCCGUCCCCUCGUGAUGGCGGGGAAGGGUCCGUGGUGACGCUCGUGCCGGGAGCUUGGGGAGCAGGAGCCGGCGGCAGCCGUAGAGAUGCGAUCGCAGUCCCGUGCUGUGCAUCGCGCCGGGCUCUGCGCUCUUCCCCAGCCAGGAAACGGCAGCUUUCGCCCUGGCCGUGCUGCGCCCCGGCACGCUGGCCUCCCCGCAGCGAUGCUGGCAGCGGCGGCCGGUGCUGGGCUUCCCCGGGCCCUGCAGCGCGGGACGGGCAGGCGCUGCCGCGGUGCUCGCGGGAGCCCGCCUGCCUUGACAAACGCGUCCUCUAGAGGGAACUGCCCGUCCAGAAAUGGGUCUGCGCGGCGCGUGGGGACAGCACUGGAGCAGGCCCCGUACGGCCGAGCAGGGUCCCUGCUGCGCUCGGGCCUCGCGCGCCUGCUCUCGCCAAUGCCCGAGCCGUGGGCACGGGGCUGCAGCGCGCUCGCACCGCUCCUGCGUGCAUGCAUGCGUGUGCUCGGGAGCCGGACGCUGCCGCUGCGGCAAGGCAGCCUGCGUGCCGUGGUCCCGACCUUGUCCCCGGCGUCUGCCCUCCCUCUGCCCGCAGGACGAGAGCCCGCCAGCACGCUCGGGCUCAUCGUGGGCGUCGGGCUGGCCCUGCUGCUCCUCGUCCUUUUGGCCUACGCUUUCAUCCGGUGGUACCAGACGGGGCGGUGCUGGCACCGGCCGGACUUCGUCUUCAACCUGUACCACAUCCGCGGGCUCAGGGCGGUGGAAGUGGAGCUGGCGCCGCCGUUCACGGUCAGCGGCUCCCUGAGCGAGGCGCGGAGCGGCUACGUGCGCUUCCACGACCGGGGGCUGUGACGGGCACGGCCGGGCGCAGGUAAGGCAUGGCCCUGGCUCCCGGCCUCCCAGCAGCCGGGGGACGUCCCCGUGAUGUCCCCGGCUCCGGCGCAGCGAGCGCCCCGGGGCAGCACGCCUUGGCGCCUCGCCCGGGCACGGCCCCGCCGGCUCUGCCGGAGCCGCCGCUCUGCCCGUGUUGCCCUGCGCCUGGCUUUCCCAGACUUCCCCCAGGGCAUUCCCAAGGUUUCCCCUGCAAAAAGCCUCCCCGGUCACCCGGCCUCUGCGUGCUGCGGGGAAGCGGGGGUUUUCCCUGGGCUCGGGUUUUAUUUCCCACCUCGCAGGCUCGGGGCCCCAGCCGCGGCGCUCUCCUUCCCAGCCGGCGCAGGAGCCACUUCCCUGCGCUGCCGGGGGGCCUCCGGCCGCGGCCCCCGGAGGAAAGCCGCCCGGCCCCGCGCGGCGGCUGCCGAGGAACCGGGGGCCCAGGGAACGGGUUAAAAAGGGUGGCAGCGAGCUGCAGAAACUGAAGUUACUUUUGUGCAAGAAGGGAAAAUGCCAGAAGGAAAUGAGAGUGCCUCAGCUUCCCUCCCCGGCUGGGCCUCUGGCACAUGUGGGAAUUUGUCCCUCCGCGCCGCUGCCGAAAGCAGCUCCCCCAGAAAUCCCCCGGGGCCUUCGCUGCUUUCCGACGGACUGCGCGGGGAGCCAGGGACACACGUCCUCCCGGUGUCGAGCGCCAGCGAAUCCAGGGAAAUGCGGCAGCGCCUGGAGUUGCCGGAGCGAGCCGGAGGGAAGGUCAGCGUCGCGGGUCGCCGGAGCGAGGGCUCGCCGGCCCUGCUGCCUUGCCGUCGCGGCGGUGCUUCUCCGAAAGGCGAGCACGGGGCGGUCAACGGCAGUGCGGGGAGCGCGGCUGUUCAUCCCCGGCACCGCCGCUGCAGCCCGGCACCGCGCGCAGGAACCGGCAGCGCCUGACGUCAGCAGCACAGCGAACGCGCGCUCCGUUUCGAUGAGUGUUUUUCAGAGGAAGUUUUAAAAAAAGCUCACACGAAAAGCCCCAACCCCCAGAACACCACGAGGCAGAACAGACGGUGGAAACGUGGCGAUGGACGGCGGCAUACACGGAAGGGCGGAAGCUCGCACAAGUCUCGGCACGAACCGCUCUCCCCGGGAUCCCCCCCCACACCGCGCGGCCCCGCUGACGCAGGGCACAUAUUUUUGAUGCGAGUAAUGCCGUGUCAGACAAAACACAGGGAAACUUUGCCGUGCAGCGACAAGCGCUCUCCUCGCAGGGGUGAUUCACGAUUUCACCUGCAGCAAGGCCCCGCCGCUGCGUUUCCAUCAACGCUGUCUGCGGGACUAUCCCGCCGCGCAGCUGCUGUGAAGCCAAGCGGCUUCUGGAAAAAUUCUCUGGUGACCUGGAAAGCGGUUGAACGCAGCCCACAGUAACUCUUUCCUAUUUUAUUUCUGUUCCCAUUUUGACAUAGAAACUAUUUUACCCUCUCUUCCCCCACCCAAAAAACUAGACUUGUUCCACCCGGCCCGGAGGCUGUCCUGCCUUUUCCGCUGCGCCGUGUGCCUGUGCCUGCCGCCCGGGGUUUUGCACCCCGGCAAAAUCAACCGCAGGCCCUUGGGCGCUGUUGCCCCCUCCCUGGGUCCUGCCGGGGUAUAUUUGCUUGGAAAACCUAGUCCGCAGAUUACCACCAAGCUGGAAGCGGGCUGUCUGUGUUUUUCCCAGUCCUGGUGUGAAAACGCUCGUCCUCGUGCGCGAGGCGAAGGCACGCCGCUCUGCCUGCCGCGGGCAAGUCCGUGCGCGAGAAGGGAAAGCGCGGCUUUGCCGCGGGGCAGGGCGCACGGGCAGACGGACCGAAUAAAUAACACUGCCUCCUUUCUGUAUUUACAAAUUAAAUAGAAUAAAUAAGG